CAGAAUAAACAACCAUGGCCGCCGCACUGCGCAGGCUGGUCGCUUCUCUCAGGAAUGGAGCGCUUCCCCAGCGAACACCGUCAAACGGCAGAAGGCAGCUCACAGCGGUCGCAGCCGGCGCUUGUGUCGCAGCCGCGGCCGGCGCUGCGGCUCUCUACUGCGGCUCGGUGGUCGGUGUGGGACCGAGGAGCCGCGUCGAGGCUCGGCUCGUACAUCUGGCGCUGCCGACCGUCUCUGCUGCCGAUAAGGCGAAGACCUACAACCUGGACGAUGGGGACGUUUACAUGUCGACCUAUGAAAACAGAUUCCGGCUCUUCAGCUCGGUGGAGUGUGAAGGCCAGCUCUACAUGACUCCUCUAAACUUCAUUGAGUCCGUCACUCUGAACGAACCAAGGAGUAGGAGAGGAUGGAAGUCCCUCGCUAAAAAGGAGUUAGACAAGGUGCUGUCGGAUACUCCGCCUGUUUGGAAAGGAUCAUCCAAUUUGUUCAGAAACCUACGAGAAAGAGGUGCCAUCAGUUACACAGAGUAUCUGUUUCUGCUCUGCAUUUUAACAAAGCCCCACGCAGGAUUUCGGAUCGCUUUCAACAUGUUCGAUGCAGAUGGCAACGAAAUGGUGGACAAACGGGAGUUCUUGGUGCUGGAGGAAAUUUUCCGUAAGAAAAAGGAUAGAAAAGAAGUUGCCGAUGACGUUCAAAGACAGGAGGAGCAAAGCCGGCAGCUCUAUGGUCACGGCAAAUCCCACACAAACAGUCAGGUGGAUGAGAAAACGGAGACGACGCUGCUUGUGCACUUCUUUGGAAAAAAGGGCAAAGCCGAGUUAAAAUUUGAGGAUUUCUACAAGUUCAUGGACAACCUGCAGACAGAGGUGCUCGAGACGGAGUUCCUCUCUUACUCCAAAGGCAUGCCCACCAUCAGGGAGGAAGACUUUGCUCGCAUUCUUCUUCGCUACACAAACGUGGACGACGUCAGCGGGUACAUGGAGAACGUACGCCACAGCAUACCGGAUGAAAAGGGGAUCAGCUUCGAGGAGUUCAGAUCCUUCUUUCAGUUCCUGAACAACCUGGAGGAUUUCACCAUCGCCAUGCAGAUGUACAACUUCGCCCACCGCUCUGUCGGUCAAGAUGAAUUCACCCGGGCGGUUUACGUUGCCACUGGGAUCAAGCUGAGCCACCACUUGGUCAACACCGUCUUCAAGAUCUUCGACGAGGACCACGACGGCAAACUGAGCCACAAGGAGUUCAUCGGAGUCAUGAAGGACCGCCUGCACCGCGGAGACGGGGGCGUUAAAGCGGAGGAGAAGUUCAUCUCUUUUAAAUCCUGCAUGAAGAAGGAGCUGUCAAGCAAAUAGGUGGAGAGCCAGUCGCCGCUGCAUGUCUUACAGUACGGAUGAGUCGUGCCUUCCCUUUCAUGUGUGUGUGUGUGUGUGUGUGUGUGUGUGUGCGUGCCGACGCAGGAGUUUAUGCAUGCUGCAGCAUCUCAAGCUCUGGGAAGCUUCACCGACUCUUCACAGAAACUAAAUUAAGAAACAUUGAGACACCCAACAACUUUACUGCGUGUUAGUUUUUAAGUGUUUAUAGGAAUUAUUUAUUACCAUACAUACUUAUUUAUUUAUUCAUUUAUCUAACUACACAUAUUUUGAAAAAGAAAACCAACAAUUUAGUUGUUAUUAUAAACAACUAAAUUGUUUGUAAUAACAAUUAUUAUAAAAAUGUCCGUUUCCUGCUCCGUCAGCUUCCUUUGCUCCAAAUGAAUCCUAACCCUGGUUCUGUUUCAGAUGCAGAAUGCUCAUAUUCUUUGUUCCUCGGUUAUCUGCAGAACCCCCCCCCCCCCCGCCGCCCCUGCAAAAUUACCUUUGUCCACCCCCCGCCCCGAGUCCUUGUACUUCCUCUGGAGCGCCGCAGCUGGAAUCCUCCAGAGGAAGCAGACCUGCGCACACUCGCUCGAUCCGAGGCUCGCUCACUGUUUAACCGCGGGCAGCCAGCACCGUUAAUCAUUUCUCAGCUGACACAGAGAAAUGGCAUGAGCAGAAAAAAAAACAAAAAAACCAGAAUGUGUUUCACGUUUAAAUUAUUGUUUUCAAAGGAAUACAUCUAAAUGAGAUUCUGGAUGAGGAGUGAUCCCUCUGUAUGCAUCUGAGGAUCUUUGUUGGACGAUAAAACACUACAGUGUCACUCAGAGUAAAUGGACUGUAUCCGAGACGACUGGUUGCUCUACCUCGUUUCCUGUAAAGCCUGGCUUUGACUGUUACGCUUUUCCACUGAUGCGUUUCAAUAAAUCUGACGUACUGUA